AUGGCCGCGACCGACGGACAGAUCGUCGUUGCAGCGGCACGCUGGGCCGAGGAAGCCACGUACCUGCGCGAAUUCGUGUCCAAGUACCGUCUGCCAGCGGUGAUCAAGAUCACGAAGGGUCAAUACGGCGGGCUGGGUGUUCCAACGUUGCCGGCGCCCAGUCUCCAGAGCACGGCCCUGUUGGUGUCCGCUGGACGUCGACGGAAGAUCGUCGCGCAGGCGGUGAAGAUCAAAGAAGGGCGCCGAGUGGUGGGCGUGGGGCCCAGGUUGGCCAUCCCAGACUCGUACGCCGGCUACUUCGAGAUACUGAGCGAGGAAGGUAGAGCCGUGCGGGGGAUAGAGUCGGUGAACGAGCUGUGCCGAAGAUGCCCGGAGGAAGGGGCUCUGGUGCGCGAGACCGUGCGAGGGAUAGCGUGCAGAGUGGACGGCGACUCCGGCAUAGUGGUCCCGGAGGGAACGAGGACCCUAGCGGCCGGCGAGACGAUCGUAACAGCCGGGGAGAUUAGCCUGCCAGGUCGCGGUCGAUUUCUACGUUGCGUCGACUGCCGAGGGGAGAGCGUGCUGCUGGGUAUGGAGCAGCGCGGGCGUUUCAGUGCCCUAGCGCGCGAGGACAACAUCAGCGGCGUGCACACGGCUCGGGCGUUGCUCAGCAAGCGUCUGCCGUUGACGGUCCGGCUGGUGCACGGUCAACCGCCGAGGGGAUUGAAGUCGUCGUCGCAGUUCGUCCCGGAGCUGAGGCUUUUGUCCACCUUCGAGGAGGAGCAUGUGUUCGCGCUGCCGUUGCAGAGAGAAGGCGCGGCGGUGGCGUUGCCCCUGGCCGCCCCGUUGAAGCUGGUGAAAGCGCGGAACGAGGAAGCGCUCCGGUCGAUGCAGGAAUUCACGAGGCUGGUGGAGCGCGCGUCGCGCCUCGUCACCGACGUGGCCGAUCGCGCGCACGUGCUGGACGGCAGAUUAGGCGAGAGCAAGCCCUCCAGGCAGACCAGAAGCGGAUCCGGCUUCCUCAGGCGGUCUUCCACGAAUUCGGACAACGGGCCGAUGAACGGGCAUCACCGGAACAACGCCGGCCAUCACCAUCAUCAUCAUCACUAUCACAGCAACGGGGGCCACCAGGCGUCGGGUCACGCGGGUUACAGAGACGAGAAUCGCGUGCCGCCGUCCGCCUGCACGGAGGAGUACGACGAGAUCGAUCAGAUUUACGACUACGUGCGCGGAUUCGCGCCGCUACCGAAGAGCGUCAGGUCGCCUUACGAGAGCCCGUUGCCGGGGGCACAGGGGGGCUCCAGUCCACCACUGACGCCUGUUACGGUAACGAUCGCGCCUCUGUUGGACGACAGACCAGAACCACCGCCCAUAGAGACCAUACCGACGAAGAAGAUCCAAGCGGAGAAGAGGACGAGGCGCGCCGUGAAGGAAGCGCCUCAGCCGAGAGCGGAGAAGCCGCCGCUGGCGAAGCUGUACGUGAAGAACAGCGGCACGCAGAGGGGACGGCCGUUGAUGAGGCAAAAGAGCGCCUCCCCGUUGAAAGAAACGCCACCGGGUUACAAGGGCGGGUCGCCGCUUUUUAACAUCAGAUACAAGAGCCUGACGAACCUGCAAGCGAUGGAGCUCGACGGGACGUUGGACUCGAGCCACUCCGGGGGGAGAACGUCGGGGGAUUCUGGUGCUGGUGCUAAGCUACCGGAAAAGAGAUCGCGACGUCUGAGUAGACCGCGCUCGUUGACGAAUCUGGUGUGGGAUCUCCGCGGCGGAAGCGGUCUUGGCUGCGCGAGACCGGAAACCCCGCCACCAGCCACAGCAGCGCCAUUGCCACCGACUAAAUGUGGUCCACGCCUGGCUGUCACGGUUGUGGCACCCCGGCGUGUCGGCACGCUCUACCUCUAA